AUGGCGGCCUUUGCCUCUCCUCACCAAUCAUCGCUCGCAGCCCGGCACAUCGACGGAGUGAUGACACCAAGCAACACCUGUACGUUCACAGUGGAUGGGCAGCCCAGCAACGACGCGGCGUCGGAUGACCAAAUAUUCUCUGCGCAAGGGACAGCGACUACGGAUAUGAGCCCAUUGGAAGACGGUGGCGACCAUCGAUUCACCGGCCUGACCCCGUUCACCGAGGAUCUGACAACACAGUGGUCAAGCUACUUUGCUGGAAACGAGUUCGACAUUGCUUUGCUGGACCCGUCCUUGUUUACCGCGCCGUCCGAGCCGCAGCCUCUCACUUUGCCGCAAGAGCCGACCGUGCCGGCCGCGAGCAACCCCAAGUCUCCGGCGCCGACUCCGUACAUGCCGUUCGCGAGCGCCACCAAGUCUUGGAUCCAGCGAAAAUGGCAUACUUUCUCCGAGGGGGCGUCGUCGGGGUACAUUACGCCGGAUGUCACAGAGGACAGACACAGCGUCGAUGAGAUUUGCCACAGGGAUCUGACGGAAAGGCUGCAACCGCGCUUGCAGAGCGGUUCAUUACCAUCUACUACCUUUCUUAACCUGUGCAUCCAGGCGUACUUUGCGAAUUUCCAUCCCGUCUUCCCUAUCGUCCACACACCCACGUUUCGACCACAGAAGCACAAUGGCCUUCUCGUUCUCUCAAUAUGUUCCAUCGGCAGCCUGUUCCUCGGCUCCUCCAGCGCAAUAUCUCGGGGCAUCAGCAUGUUUGAGAGGCUGCACAAGUCCAUUCUUACGUCGUGGGAUACAUGCAUGGCAAGCUCGGCACACUCCAACCUCCUGGCGCUGCAAGCGUCGGCUGUCGGCCAGACAUUCGGUCUGCUUGUGGGCAGGCCAAAGGACUUGACGCAGGUGGAGAUGUUUCACGGCUGUCUGGUUGCCUGGGCACGGAAACUACGGCUCUUCGACCCCGAGGAGUUCAACAUCGACGUUGCUCAGUUGAAAGGACGGGAGCUGGAAGCGGCAUGGAAGGAGUGGGUUCGAUGCGAGAUUAAGCGACGAAUCGUCCUCGCAAUCCUGCUCCACGACGCCGAGAUCAGCGGGCUCUUCCAUCACGAUCGUCUGAUGCGGCAUUCCCUGGACAAGCUCGACCAUAUCUCAUCUGAAGAAGCCUUCGAUGCCAGGAGCGCCUCUGCGUGGAGACUCGUCAUGAUGAAAGAGAUGGCUCCGCAUGACCUUUCGGACCAUGGGCCGCAGGCUACUUUUGCCAACUGCUGGUCGCCCGACGCUGGCACGUUCUUCACAUUCCCAGACGCGUCUAGUGGCUUUGAACUCGGCGUCAUGCUCGAAGUCAUUGGGUCGCUGGCGUGUGAGAGUCGCAGAACGGCCGCGUCCUGGGCUCGGACGUGUACCAAGUACGAGGACUUGCUGGUGGGAUGGUACGACAAGUAUCGGCGCACAGAAUUAUUUGAGCGACAGGCAUCCGGCCUGAUGAUGCUGUGGCACUCCAUGUUCAUGCUCCUGCACAUGGACAUGGACGCGCUGGAGUGCGCCUGUGGACGAGAGGGUCGGCCGGCGGUUCACAGACACGCGCAAGAUGCCCGGGCGUGGGCACGAUCAGCGUCCGCAAAAAGAUGCAUUGCCCACGCCACACUGGUGCGAAAGCACUUUGAAGAGCUGCCCAUAGGCACAGAAUCCCCAGUAUACGCCCCGAUGUGCUUGUACCGCUGCGGUAUGGCCUGGUUCUGCUACACGCACUUUGGGGAUCCAUCGCAGGAGCAGCCAGAGGCGGGACUCGACAUGCCCGAGCUACAGACACUUGGCAUCAGUGAAAAGGUGAUUGCGGAGGAGAUGGAGCCAAAGGAUGGUAGGCCAGUUGCCAGCCCGCUCUUCAGGGUGAUUGAUCUCCUUCAGCGGAUCAAUCACUGGAAGAUAGCGCACAGCUUGGCGUCUACACUGCUGUCGCUGUUUGAGGAGGAAGAGGACGCGUUGUUUUGA